UAUUUUGCCAAAGCUGAGGUAGCCCUUUUCUCCUCUCAUGCAGCUUCCAAUUAAUUUCCAGUGUUGUUUUAAUCAGGAUGAACAAAAGGCUCUUUGUCCCAGUCCCCCAGCAGCCUGGAAGCAGGGAAGGGAAAGAGCAGCGAUCUUUAAGAAUGCUGCUGAGCAAGGACAGCCAGUUUAGGGGCAGAAUCCUCUCUUGCCAAACCAGUGACCAGCAGGUUACUUCUUUUUUAGACUGUUUGCCUAUUCCUCACCCCCACUCAGGAGAAGGCUGGGUUACUCCCAGGAAUGUGCCUGACCCAACACAAAAAACAGCUGGUGGGAAUCCUGAGAAUGCUGCAUUUCCCCAGGAUUAUUUCAUCUGCUGACCCCUCAGUGCCUUGUGACCACAGGCUCUGUGUGCUGCCCACUCCCAGAGGGAAGUGAUUAAUCCACUUUCUCUUUAGUGCUGGAGCAUCUGGAUGCUCCCUGCAGGGCAAUGGGGACAUUGCCACCAAGUCACACACGGACUUAAGCCCAGGCCAGGCUUAGUUUUGUAUGGUGAGAUAUAAAACAAGAUUUUUGAAAGCCUCCACUGCAUGGUGCCAAAAACCAGCUCCCACUGGAGUAUCUAUAAACUGGAGCCUCCAGAAACACCACAGGACACUUCCCCCAGCAUAGGAAGGGCUCAGACAAGAGACAUGGAUGUGAUCUUUGCUCUGUGUUGUGCAAGAGCUUAGCACAGACGCCAAGUUCCUGGGGCAUCACCUGUCUCGCCUGGCAUAGCUGGGAUAUCUCACUGGGACAGUGUCCUGCUGUAGCCCACUGCCCCAGUUAAUGGGAUCAUUCUGUCCUCUCUGGGCCACCAGGCAGAAGUGCCAUCCCCAGCCUUUCGUCCCACCUCUUAUCUGGGAGUUCUGGGGCCAGGCAGAGUGCGCUGGAUGAGACAGCAGGUGCUUCCCAAAUCCAAAAUGUAUUUGCCAGGAGGCAGAAAUUCCAGUAGCUCUCCUUCAAACCUUAGAGGGCACUUGGGAACACAUUGCCAAACCCUCCCGCUGCGUCUGUAAAAUUUACCUGCUAGUUCCUGAAGGUGGAUGUACCUGGAGGGUGUGGAGGGGUCUGACGUGAUCACGGGAGCAGAAACCUGAACAGAAAGGGGAGGAGGCAACAACAGUGGAAGCAAAAAUAUUUCAGGCUUGGAAGCGUGCCAAGGACAAGUGUUUGCAGGAAAUAUUCCUGUCCCGGCAAGGUGUAGGAAGUUUUUUUUCCCCUUUUCCCUCCAAUUCACGACCUUGCAUUGGUGCGUGUUGGGGCCGGGGUCGGGCUCUGUCGCAUCCCGGCCGGCAGCGGGAUGCACAAAGCCGCGGUGUCCGGCGGUGCCGGGGCACGGCGCGGUGCCAGCCCCGGCCGGUUCCUGCGCUUACGUCCCGCGGGCGUGUCCCUUAAAUCCCGCACGGGAGCGGCCGAGCGCCAGCGGAGCCCAGCGCAGCGCUGUCAGCGGAGGAGACAUGGCCUCGGUGGGUCCCUCUGCAGCCUCCGCUCAGCCAGCCCUGCCCUCCGGACCCGCCGUCUUCAAAACCAUCCCCUACGCCUUCAUCCUGCCGGAGAUCCUCUGCGGGACCUGGGUGUGGAUCCUCGUCGCUGCUACCUCCGUCUCCCUGCCGCUGCUGCAGGGAUGGGUGAUGUACGUGUCCCUCACCUCCUGCCUCAUCUCCCUGCUGCUCCUCUUAAGCUACCUCCUCGGCUUCCACAGGAACAGCGAGAACUGGAAAGUGCUGGACAGUUUGUACCACGGUGCCACGGCCAUUCUGUACAUGAGCGCCGCUGUCCUGCAGGCCAAUGCGACCAUCAACUCUGAGCUCAACCCCGAUGGGCCGCUCAACUACCAGCUCAACAGCGCCGCAUCGUUCUUCGCCUUCCUCACAACCUUCCUAUACAUCCUCCACGCCUUCAGCAUCUACUACCAGUGAUCCUGGCAGCACCAGAUUCACCUCUGCAGGACGAGGGCUUUCCCAGUGUGAGAGACCCUGCUGUCUUCCCAAGGUGUCCCUGCCCCAGCCCUGUCACCAGGCCUCAGGAACAGCAGGUCCUUUUGCACUUCAUCACAGGAGGGAUUUUGCUGGCACACACUGCUGUGCCUGUGGGACAUUUCCUGCCUUGCCUGGGGGCUAUGCAAGGGGAGGGACCGGGCACAGGCCCCAAAGCCUCCAAUUCCAACAUUCUGCCAAAUAUUGACACCAAGGAAGGGAAAAAAACCAUCACUGUUCCUUCAGCAAACAAUCUCCUUUCUUUGUAUUAUUUGCCUUUCUCUGGUUCAGCUCCAUCCCUCCCCAACACAAAUUCAUAACAAUGAUACAAGAUUGUGUUCCUUGACUUUCAGAUGGUUUCAUUUGGUAAAUGCUGUAUUUGGAAUAAAGUGUCAACUGACA